CGCGCAGCAUGGAGUGGGGUUACCUGUUGGAAGUGACCUCUUUGCUGGCCGCCUUGGCGCUGUUGCAGCGCUCGAGCGGUGCGGCGGCUGCCUCGGCUAAGGAGCUGGCUUGCCAAGAGAUCACCGUGCCGCUGUGCAAGGGCAUCGGCUACAACUACACGUACAUGCCCAACCAGUUCAACCACGACACGCAGGACGAGGCGGGCCUUGAGGUGCACCAGUUCUGGCCGCUAGUAGAGAUCCAGUGCUCGCCCGACCUCAAGUUCUUCCUGUGCAGCAUGUACACGCCCAUCUGCCUGGAGGACUACAAGAAGCCCCUGCCUCCUUGCCGCUCGGUCUGCGAGCGCGCCAAGGCCGGCUGCGCACCCCUCAUGCGCCAGUACGGCUUCGCCUGGCCCGACCGCAUGCGCUGCGACCGGCUGCCGGAGCAGGGCAACCCCGACACGCUGUGCAUGGACUACAACCGCACCGACCUCACCACAGCCGCACCCAAUCCGCCGCGCCGCCUGCCGCCGCCGCCCCCGGGUGAGCAGCCGCCCUCCGGCAGUGGCCACGGCCGCCCGCCCGGGGCCAGGCCCCCGUCCCGCGGCAGGGGCGGUGGCGGCGUGGACGCAGCGGCGCCCCCCACGCGCGGCGGCGGCGGCGGGAAGGCGCGGCCCCCUGGCGGCGGCUCCGCUCCCUGCGAGCCGGGCUGCCAGUGCCGCGCGCCCAUGGUGAGCGUGUCCAGCGAGCGGCAUCCCCUCUACAACCGCGUCAAGACCGGCCAGAUUGCCAACUGCGCGCUGCCCUGCCACAACCCCUUCUUCAGCCAGGACGAACGCGCCUUCACCGUCUUCUGGAUCGGCCUGUGGUCUGUGCUGUGCUUCGUGUCCACCUUCGCCACCGUCUCCACCUUCCUCAUCGACAUGGAGCGCUUCAAGUAUCCUGAGCGGCCCAUUAUCUUCCUGUCGGCCUGCUACCUCUUCGUGUCUGUCGGCUACCUGGUACGCCUGGUGGCGGGCCACGAGAAGGUGGCGUGCAGCGGCGGCGCGCCCGGAGCGGGCGGUACGGGAGGCGCGGGCGGCGCGGCGGCGGCAGCGGGCGCGGGCGCGGCGGGCGCGGGCGCGGGUGGCCCUGGCGGGCGCGGCGAGUACGAAGAACUGGGCGCUGUGGAGCAGCACGUGCGCUACGAGACCACGGGCCCGGCGCUGUGCACCGUGGUCUUCUUGCUCGUCUACUUCUUCGGCAUGGCCAGCUCCAUCUGGUGGGUGAUCCUGUCGCUCACGUGGUUCCUGGCGGCGGGCAUGAAAUGGGGCAAUGAGGCCAUCGCUGGCUACUCGCAGUACUUCCACCUGGCCGCGUGGCUCGUGCCCAGCGUCAAGUCUAUCGCCGUCCUGGCGCUCAGCUCCGUGGACGGCGACCCGGUGGCCGGCAUCUGCUACGUGGGCAACCAGAGCCUCGACAACCUGCGCGGCUUCGUCCUAGCGCCGCUCGUCAUCUACCUCUUCAUCGGCACCAUGUUCCUGCUGGCCGGCUUCGUGUCGCUCUUCCGCAUCCGCUCAGUCAUCAAGCAGCAGGGCGGCCCCACCAAGACGCACAAACUGGAGAAGCUCAUGAUCCGCCUGGGUCUCUUCACCGUACUCUACACCGUGCCCGCAGCCGUCGUGGUCGCCUGCCUCUUCUAUGAGCAGCACAACCGCCCGCGCUGGGAGGCCACGCACAACUGCCCGUGUCUGCGGGACCUGCAGCCAGACCAAGCGCGCCGGCCCGACUACGCCGUCUUCAUGCUCAAGUACUUCAUGUGCCUCGUGGUGGGCAUCACCUCGGGCGUGUGGGUCUGGUCCGGCAAGACUCUCGAGUCGUGGCGCGCCCUGUGCACCCGCUGCUGCUGGGCCAGCAAGGGUGCUUCGGGGGGCGCGGGCGCUGGGGCCGCAGGGGGGGGUGGGGUGCCGGGAGGUGGUGGGGGCGUGGGGUCCGGUGGGGGCGGGGUCCCGGGCGGUGGGGCGGGAUCCCUCUACAGCGACGUCAGCACCGGCCUGACGUGGCGAUCUGGCACGGCCAGCUCCGUGUCUUAUCCAAAGCAAAUGCCAUUGUCCCAGGUCUGAGAGGAGGGGAGGGGGCACCCGGAAGGAAUGGGGAGGGGGGCGAGGAAACCUAGUGCAGCAAAGGGACACUCGAUGGGCUGAGGUUCCCACCCCUUCACCGUGUUGAUUGCUAUUAGCAUGAUAAUGAACUCUUAAUGGUAUCCAUUAGCUGGGACUUAAAUGACUCGCUUAGAACAAAGUACCUGGCAUUGAAGGCUCCCAGACCCAGCCCCCUUUCCUCCAUUGAUAUGCGUGGAGCUCCUCCCGCCAGGCGUUAAUCUCUGUUGGCAGCGGAGGGUGGACUCUGCUGCUGCGUUUCAGAACGCAAGGUUUGUAGCCCUCGCUGGUUGCCAUUUGCUGAGCUUGAAGCCAGAUCUACAGAUUUCACCUGAGGGACCUGUUUUUCUCCCUCUACUCUCCUACGUAAAUUCUUACUCCUAACAUAUCCUAGAGGAGGGAUGACCGCGACCUAAUGGAAUUGCACGGUUUGGGUAUUCUUAAUGACCAGGCAAAUGCCUUAAAUAAACAAACAAGAAAUGUCUUAAUUAUACACCCCAAGUCAAUACGGGUUUCUUACAUUAGAGGAUGUAUUUAUAUAAUUAUUUGUUAAAUUGUAAAAAUGUGUAAAAUAUGUACAUAUUCAAAGAUAUACAGUCUGUACAUUUUUUUUGUAAAAAGUUUAGAGGCCACCCCUGUAAGAACAAAUAUAAGUAUUCUAUUUUGUCAAUAAAAUGACUUUUGAUAAAUGA